CAGAAUUUGAUUUGCAAGAAUUAGAAAAUAAGGGAGCACCACAUCCAGAACUCCCUGCUCAGAAAGCAAGAGCAACCAAAAAAAUUUCCCCAUGAAAAUAACCGCUCAUAUAUAUGGUUGGUUCAGAUAUCAAAGUUCUUAGGUUUGACAAAUUGUACUUUGCUUUGCAUUCAAGUUGUUUUUCUUUUUUUUUUUUCAGCUCCACAAAUCUCUGUUCACCCGUGAAAAAGUCUCCGUCGUCCAAAAAUCCUAACUUCCUGAACCCGAAUCUUCCUCCCUCUGUUUGUUUCUCUUUUCUUUUGUUUUUCCUUCCGUCCUUCCUCUUUCGGUUUCCUUUAGGGACCAAUCUUCCACUUUUUUUUUUUCCAUCCCCUUUUUCUUUUUGGCGUUUGAAUAUGUAUUGCAUACUUAUUUGAUCCAUAAUUACCAGAUUGAUCAAUAGAUUCAUAGCAAAGAUGAAAAGCUCAAGAGGAGUCCAAUUGUUCAUGGACGACAAAAGCCAACCACGGAAACCAAAAUUCAGGGAAAUGUUGCAUUCAGAUCAUCAUCAUCAUAAUCAACAUCAUCCAAACGAAGAAGAUUACUCUGUACGAAUCAGCAACAUCUCGGAAGCAACUCCCGCAAACGAUCAUCGAUUGAGUUCCGAAAACGGAACUCCGCCGCACGGCACGCCGUCGUUAGACAAUUUAUCUUGGGACAACAGCCAAGCAUCUCCAUACACAACCGAGCAAUCAUCUCCAUUGGCAAGAUCGCCGUGGUCAUCUCGGGUCGAAAUGGAUCAUGACAAUUACUCCUACACGGGUCUAAUGGGAUCCCUUAUGCGAGAAGAAGGCCACAUUUAUUCAUUGGCUGCUAAACGGGAUUUAUUGUAUACGGGAUCAGAUAGCAAGAACAUACGGGUUUGGAAGAAUCAAACGGAAUUUUCCGGGUUCAAAUCGAAUAGUGGGUUGGUAAAGGCAAUCAUAAUUGCCGGCGAGAAAAUAUUUACAGGGCAUCAAGACGGGAAAAUCAGAGUCUGGAAGACCUCUCCUAAAGAUCCCAGCACGCAUAAACGAAUUGGGACGUUACCCACGUUGAAAGCUUGCAUCAAGAGCUCAAUGAAACCGAGCAAUUACGUUGAAGUCAGGAGAAACCGGAAUGUGGUUUGGAUUAAGCAUUUCGACGCUAUUUCGUCUCUGAGCUUGAGCGAAGACCACAAUUUUCUGUACUCUGCUUCUUGGGAUAGAACAAUCAAGGUUUGGAGAGUAUCGGAUUUCAAAUGCUUGGAAUCGAUUAAAGCCCACGACGAUGCAGUCAACGCCGUCGUUUCAGGGUUCGACGGGUUAGUCUUCACCGGCUCGGCGGACGGAAGUGUGAAAGUUUGGAGAAGGGAAUUACAGGGGAAAGGAACGAAGCAUUUCUUUUCGCAGAAUUUGCUAAAGCAAGAAUGCGCGGUCACAGCAUUGACCGUUGAUCCGUCCGCGAGUUUCCUCUACUGCGGUUCAUCCGAUGGGCUAGUCAAUUUCUGGCACCGGAAGAAGCUAACGCACGGCGGAAUUCUGCGGGGGCACAAACUGGCGGUGUUGUGCUUAGCUACGGCGGGGAAUUUGAUAUUCAGUGGAUCAGCUGAUACGAAUAUUUGUAUAUGGAAAAGGGAUGAAAGUGAGCAUAUUUGUUUGUCCGUUUUGAACGGGCAUUCCGGCCCGGUGAAAUGCUUGGCCGUGGAAGAAGAUAGGGCGGCGGUGGUGGGAGGCGAUGAUCGUGGUCGGCCUUGUAUUUUGUACAGCGGAAGCUUAGAUAAGUCGGUGAAGAUAUGGAGGGUGUCCCCACAGGUGGCGGCGCGUGGUGAACAACAACUAUCGCCGCAAGAACAGACGGAAGACUUGACAGCAACCAAUAAUUUUCCAUCAAUUCAUAGCUUCUCGUCUCAGAAUAGUAGAGUGAGUGAAAGGAGACAUUUAUAGCAAAAAACAUGUGCUAAUUAGGAGACAACAUCGAUCACCAUUUAUAUUUCCCUGUCCAUUCAGUACAAUACAUUUGCAUGUUGAGCCAUGCAAAUGACAGCACAUGAAAAUUGAAGGUUUUGUUUGCGAUCUUUCAUCUCUGUAAAUAUUGGAGUUGUGAAUUUGUGUAGUUAUAUUUUGCAAGUCUAUAUUGAAAC